AUGGCAAAUGUGAGUAAUUUCGGACAGUUGGGGGACGAGGACUUUGAUUGUUAUAUCGAACGCUUUGAGCUUCAUUUGGUAGCGCACGGCUACGAGGUCCCACAGGCGACUGCACCGGGCGGCGCCCAGCAGACUCCGGCGGAGAGAGCGUUGGAGAGGAAGGUGGUGGCAGUGUUUCUGAAUGCGUUAGGAGCAGAUGUUUAUAAGAGAGCUAGGGAUUUGUUAGCCCCAGCUAAGCCGGCAGAUCAAUCGUACCAUGAGCUGAAAGCAGUAUUACGCAGACAUUAUAAGAAGACACCGAUUACUGUAGCGGAAAGACGAAAGUUUAUCCGAAGGGAUCAGGCACAGGGAGAGUCUACGAAAGACUAUGUUGUGCAGCUGAAACAUUUGAGUCUGAAUUGUGAGUUUGCUGAUAAGCUCGAUGAACAGCUUCGUGAUAGGUUUAUCAGCGGAAUUAAGGAUGAAGGAACAGCCUUAAAGUUGAUGGAAAGGUCAGCAGAGAACCCCAACUUGUCAUUCCAGGAUGCUGUGUCUUUUGCCCUGGAUCGUGAGGUCACGCUGGGAGAAGCGAAAGCUAUGAGAACGGGGUCAGAUGGUGUUUCUGUGCACGCAGUAGCUGAUCAGAGGAGGAGAGCAGGAUCAAUGUUUUCUGGUCAGGGCAAUCCCGGCCAGCGCCAGGGUUAUCCCGGCGCGCGUCAGGGCAAUCCCGGCGCAUCGCACCUGUCUAAGAGGUCUGGAACAGGAAGACAGCAGAACCAGCACAAGGACUUUGAGUGUUUUCGUUGCGGACAGCAAGGACAUUUGGCGAAAGGGUGCAGCUUCCGAGGACAGUGCAGAAAAUGUGGAAAGAAGGGGCAUAUUGCUAGAAAAUGCAGGAGCAAAGACUGUGAAAAGUAUAAAUUUGAUGUAAAGAAAGACAGAGACAGUAAUCAAAAGAGAGACGUUAAGAGAAGUAGUGUUAAGAAGGUUGGUGCAAAUGAAACACAAGAAGAGUAUGAUAGGUAUGAUGAUAGGCACACUGGCCAUAAUGAGGAUUAUGAUCGUACUACUAUGUUCAAGAAUGAGGUUCACUCAGUUGGUAAUUCAGAGGGUAAUGCCCCACCCCCAAUAAUAGUAGAGGUAGAGAUAGAGGGUCACAAGAUCGCUAUGGAGUUGGACACCGGUUCAGGUGUUAGUAUAAUUCCGUACAGCAUGUAUAUGCAGUAUUUUACUCAUAUUCCUCUAGAGUCUAGUGUAAAGGUGUUCGUGUCAAUAAGUCCAGGUGAGACUGUACCUCGAGGUAAGAUAGAGGUAGAAGUAAAAUAUGGGAGCUUCAGAGGUAGUUUGAUGUUGUACGUUGUAGACACCGAGUUUGUGUUAUUCGGCAGAGAUUGGUUGAGUUGUAUAAAGUUAGAUUGGGCUGCAAUAAUCUCUCAGUCUGGUAGAAGUACUAGUUAUAGUUCGCGAAGUACUGAGGCAGUUACGGCAGUGCAUAGCUUAGAUAAGAUUUUGGGCAAACAUGAUCGCUUGUUUGAGCAGCGGCUAGGCCGUCUGACAAAAGUCAAGGCGCAUAUCACAGUACGCGAAGAUGCACAGCCGGUCGUAACAAAACCGUUUCGGGUACCUUAUGCGAUGAAGGGAGCAGUGGAAAAAGAAUUGACGCGCUUGCAAGAAAAUGGCGUACUUACCCAGGUGGAGCACAGCCAAUGGAGCACAGGCAUAGUGGCCGUGCCCAAGAAAGACGGUAGCGUACGAAUUUGCGGUAACUAUAAGACCACAGUGAAUCCAAAUCUCGAACCGGUACCUCCUCCAAAUAUCAAUGUCGAAGAUAUUCUAGCGAAUUUGAAUGGAGGGGUCCUCUUUUCGAAGUUAGACUUGGCACAUGCGUACAAUCAGUUGGAACUCGAUGAAGAGUCAAAGAAGUAUUUGAUACUCUCAACCCACAAGGGUCUGUUUCAACAGAAUCGACUCGUGUUUGGAAUUACCAGCGCACCGAGCAUUUGGCAGCAGACGAUUGAACAAGUUUUGCAAGGACUCCCGGGUGUCCAAGUAUACCUAGACGACAUUUUAGUAACCGGUCGUACUGAGCUAGAGCACUACGAGAAUCUAGACAAAGUGCUCACGCGCUUAGAAGAGAGAAAUCUCACUCUAAGGCAGGAGAAAUGCAGGUUUGCGCAAGAAUCGAUUGAGUUUUUGGGGCAUGUCAUUGAUAGGAGCGGAGUACAUAAGACCCCCGACAAAAUGAAGAAGCUCGAGGAGCUAGAAAGACCACAAAGUGUUUCAGAGUUGAGGUCUUAUUUAGGCCUAUUGAACUAUUACAGGAAGUUCAUACCUAAUUUGGCCCACGAAAUCGCGCCGCUUACAGACUUAUUGAAGUCAGAACGAAAAUUUGUGUGGAAUAUCGAAGCAGAGCGAGCAUUUCUACGCUCCAAGUCAUUGUUGAAAUCAUCGGGAUUUCUUGCACAUUUUGAUCCGACUUUACCGAUGACGGUUGCCACGGAUGCCAGUCCGAUAGGAAUAGGGGCGGUUCUAUCGCAAAUUUAUGCGAGUGGUGAGGAAAGGCCAGUCAUGUUUGCCUCACGUGCGUUGACAAAGGCAGAACGCAAUUAUCCGCAAAUAGAGAGAGAAGCGUUGGCGAUAGUGUUCGCACUUAGAAGAUUCCACAUGUAUAUAUUCGGUCGUAAGUUCACACUGGUGACUGACAAUAAGCCACUCACAGCUAUAUUCGGACCGUACAAGAGCUUGCCUGCUCUAGCAGCCGAACGGAUGCAGCGAUGGGCGAUGUACCUGGCAGGCUUUGAUUUUGCCCCGGGAACCUCGACACGACGUCUUUAG